GAUACAUUGGAAUGUUAUUUUCAGAAUCAAGAAAUGGAAAACAUGCGAGAACUCGAAGCCCAAGCCGAUGAAGCAGAACGGUUGCAUCAGAGAAAUUUGGAAUCAGAAGAGAUGAGAAUGCGUCAGUUAGAAGCAAAGCGAGAAUAUCUGAGCAGUUUGCAACGUCAACUGGAUGAGAUACGCCAGCGCGAGGACGAGGCAAAAGAGCUUGAAAAAGAGGAAAUGAAAUUAGCAUAUGAACUUAACAAAUUAGAGUGUUUGGAUAGAGAGCGAAAAUCCAUUGAAGAGAAAUGCAAACGUGAACUUCAUGGAAAGGCGCUGCUAAGACAACAUCAAGCCGCGCUUCGCAGGCGUUCUGCCGAGGUUCAGGCUGAGCUAGAAGCCGAUUUGAAAUGGUUGUCUCAACUGAGCGAACAAAACCAAAUAGAGGACCAAAAACGCAUCAGCAAACGCGAACAGGAACGUGAUAGUCUGGCCACGAUGCGUGAACGUAUUCAAUCGGAAUUGGAUUUGGAGAGAAAACAAGAAAUAGAACUAGACGCUUUACAAUCUCAUGAGGCAGCCAGGUUAUGGUCUAAACGGGAAGAAGAGUGGCGCAAGGAAUCCGAGGCUCGACAGAAACUUUUGCAGGAGGUAUUGGAGGACCGACGAAAUCAACUCUGCCAACGAAUAGAGUACAACCGAAGACGCCAACAAGAAGAGCUAGAAACUCGCGAAUCGUUGCUCGAAGCGUUAGAAAAAGCGCAUCAAAACGGGAUGGAGGAAAGUCAAAACGGGUUUUCCGCGAUAGAAACUCAGCGAAGAGAAUUGGAAUCACAAAUAGCUGAAAACCGGGAAAUGCGAUUAGAAGCCCGUCGAAAUGCUGAGGCCGAGGCAAAAGUCUCACGUGAAGCUGAGAGGGCAUAUGAAGAAAUGCUCCGGCAGGAGGCUGAAAAAAUGAAAAUAUCAGAUAGCAAUCGUAAAACUGCGAUCUCUACCAUCCCGACUCGUUCUGGUGAUACUAGUGCAACUGUGAUUCAGUCGAGACCGGGUGGAAAUAUAUGGUAA